CCCCGCGCCCGUGAGGGCCCGGUCCAAGUGAAACCGCCCGCCCCGCGCCCGUGAGGGCCCCGCCCCAGGGAAACCGCCCGCCCCGCGCCGGCCCCGUGGAAACCGCGCGCGCGGGGUCGGACGAAGACCUCGGUAAGUGUCCGGCCGGGCGUACUGCGGAGCCACCUCACGUGACCGCGGAGAGGCAAAAAAAGACUCCUGAAACGUUGCCCUCUCUGAGGCUCGAACUCAGGACCUUCAGAUUAUGAGACUGACGCGCUGCCUACUGCGCUAAGAGGGCGGUGAAGUCAAGGUUUAGCGUCGGGCCUCCAGUGGCCGAGCAGAGCAAUGUGCUACAUAUGCCCAGGUGACACCCCCACAGCCAGGCAAGGACAAGAGUGAUCUCUCGACAGUGACCAUCCAUCAGAGACAAGAAAAAGUCCAGCCUCACCCCAGGCAGUUCUGAAGAGGGAUGACCACACAUCCUGGAUCUAUGCAGAAGUUAAGAAAAUGGAUCAGACAUGUUUGGUUUGGUGAAAUUUUCUCAGGUGCGCAUCCUUGCCGAGCAAUGUCCUGCUACGACCUGUGCCUGCCCUCCUCCUGCGGUCCCCGGCCCCUGGCCACCAGCUGCAGCCAGCCCUGCUUCCGCCGCUGCGGGGACUCCACCGCCUUCAUCCAGCCGCCCACGGUGGUGGUCACCGUGCCGGGGCCCAUCCUCAGCUCCUUCCCGCAGAACACCGCAGUGGGCUCCACGGCGUCGGCGGCGGUCGGGAGCUACCUGCGCUGCUGCGGCAUCCCCGUGGGCUGCCGGGGGCUGGGCAAGGCGGGGCUGCUCUGCCUGGGCACCGGCCUCUAGGGUGGCCCCGGCCGGCUCCCCCUGCCCGUGCCAGCGGCGUGCUCAGGAAGGGCAAGCGAAGCACUCGACCAAGACUGGGGAAGUGGAUUAAGGAGAUGCCCCUAGGUUUCCCAGCAGCUGCCCCAGGAGGAUGGGAGCUGUGCGAGCUUGUCAUUCCAGGUCAUGCCUCUGUACACCUUUAUCUCACUAAGUCUUUGUAUUUCCAUGUUCUACACGGCAUUUGCUGCUGGCUGGGCAAUAAAUGCUUCUAGCAGGCUGUAGAUGGCAGAUGAUAGUCAUGGGGUGGGGGGCAAGGGGACACCUUGUAGGGAUCAGCUUGUCCCAAAACGGGGUUUGUCCAUUUCUUUAUUGAGCGCUGGAAACGCACUUGUACUCUGAACUGGUUCACUCUGUUCUCAUUAAAGACUUGCUACAUCGU